CUGGGUGCUGGGAGGUGGCAUAGCGAGUGCUGCUGAACGACACCGUUCCUCGAGGCAACCUCGCUGCCCCUCUGCCUUUGCAGGGAGGCUGUGACAAAAGCCGAGGGAGUGCGCUCGGCCGGGGUGCUCCGAGGUCUCCCCGCUGCCUCAGGCGGCCUCCCAGGGGCCCCCAGAAGCCCUGAUCCCCCUGUGGGAGGUUUGAGUUGGGUUCCAUGCCGAGUGCUUUUGGAAGGGGGGGCGCCGAUGGCCCUGCCGUUGUUUCCUCCACUGUGAAUUCGGAUCGCGCUGAGGUUGGGGUAAUGGUGGUAGCCACUUGGAAACGCUGGCAAAUCAACGCCAAGAAGAUAAGAGCUCGCUUCUCCUGUCCUCCUCCCCUACCCCCCUUCUCGCCCCCCUUCACUCCCCCCGCUACGGACAGACAAAGAAGACUGUCGAGGUUGGGGUCGGGGCUGCGUUGCGGAUGCUCACGGAGGGACUGGGAACCCCGAGACCCGCGGGGCUGUCCGCGCCUCUCGGAGCCUUCUGCCACUUCGUCCCGGCCCAAUUUGCAGUGAUUGAGCGCAGCCCCGUUUGUUUAGGACUUAGGGGAGUUCGGCAACGAUAUCGCGAUGCCAGCCGGUGCCUCCAUUGGCUGCUGCCAUGAGGGCUCGGAGCUACCCAGCGGGGCGGGGAGGCAAUGCUCCCGCGGCACGGAGCUGCGGCGUUGGCCGUGGGUCCGUCCGUGGAGGGCGGCGUGCCCUGCGCUGGGCGGGAUGCGCACGGGGGAAGGAAGGCGCUUCCACCGGACUGCCCCGAUGCUGUCCUCCCACCAAAGAGAACGAGGAGAUUUCUGCCACUUCCCUCACUUUUAAAUGUGGGCAAACGGUGAUUUCCCGUCGAGAAGUACUGGAAAAGCUAUGACUCAGCACUCGCAGACCGAACUGCACCAGCGCACGUUCAGCGCAGCGCGCUCAAGCGCAGCCUCAGAGUGCGCAGUUCAGUAACGGGCGUUGUUAGCAAACUGAGCAAAGCCUGUCCCUAACGCCGCUGCUAUUUUGUUUUGUCAUUUAUUUAUUUUCCUUUCUUCCUUUCUUUCUCCCUCCUCCCACCCCCCAAUGGAGGACAUCUUCUAGGUCGAAUUGUUUACCUUCUCAGGAAAAAAAAAAAAAUCCUCGAGUGGAGGAGGUUGUUAGAUGGGAGCCUAUAAUCUAUAUCUUGUUGAGAGUAUAAAACUCAUUCCGAAAGAAAAGCUCGAUCCAUUUAUUUUUGCUUCUUGCAAUAACACAGCUGGAUGAUGCCUUGAGCUUGCGCUGCACGAUUGCUCAUCAUUCAUUCGCUAAGAACCGGCCUAAAUGGUGCCUGUGGGAUUAGGUCAAUUUUAGUGGAUCUACUUCGCCUCAUUUGGUUACUAAUUGGUUUCUUGUUUUAUAAAUCGAAAUCUCAUUUUCAGGAAAUUACAAAGCCCAUGCAGCCAGUCCAUUGAGGUAAUCCGUGGGUCUGGAGUAUUUAAAUGGAAAUGGUUCGACAAUGCAUCAAGUAUUAAGCAACAGUAAAACUUCGCCUCUGUUUCCACAUGAAAUGUGAGCUCGCGAGCUCCUUAGAUCCAUAAUAGAUACAUCGCUUCUAAGGCUACUUAUGUAAAUAUGAUAAACCGGACCCCGGCGGGGGAGGGGAGAAAGCAAUUUUUAUCUACAAAGGUUAAUGUGGCAUAUCUUGGAAAUCUUCCAAAAUAGAUUAUGUUUUGCUUUGUCUUCGGCCACUUUAGCUGGGAAAAUCCUUUGCCUAAAAACGGUUUAGUUAUCCUUUCCCGCACAAAGCUGCUUGUUUCUAUUCCAAAGCCAUUAUUCCGUUGGCUCUCCAAAUUACAAGAGAAUCUUUAGAUCUUGUUUCCAGCGUAAUCCUGAAGCAAAAGGGAGAGCUGAUUUCCUUGUUUUGUUUUAAAUAGACAAUCAAAGGAUUUGAGGAAUUUUCUGCGGUAGGUCAAGUGCAAGAUAGCUCAGUUUGCUCCCCCGAUAAAAGGAAAUUGGAUGUUAAAGCGAACGGAGGGGAAAAAAAUAAUAAAAGGGGAAUAUUAAUGGAGAGGUUUUAUCUUAUAAUCUCUAAAGGCAGUAUUUAAACGGCGUCGGGAGAGCCCGCCGAUCUGGGUUUGUCAGUGAAGAGAAUUCGUCUCCGGCUAGAAAGUGCUGAAGCAUCUGGGCAAUGCGAAGUGUCUUCAGUGUUAGGAUAGCCAGAAGCUGGCUCAUGUAGACGAGUGAAAACGUUUAAUUAUGAAACAUUAACAGCCGCGGCCAAACAGCGUGAGAUUUCCACCCGAAGCAUAACGAAGGGCUCAGUGCUCCGUGAAGAACGGCGUUCCCGAAAGAAGUUAACCUGUAAUGUUGAUGAGCUAUUCAUUAACCCGCAGAGGUCGGGUUGUUUUCCCUUUUAGAAGGAGAGUAAUUAGAAGCCGUAAACCCAGAUUAAUAAACAACUUAAAUCCUAGGCGAAGAGCGCAGCUUUAGUCCAGAACAGGGAAACUGUUAUUCAGAUUUCCCUUCCAGUGCGGGAAGCUCGCAAGGAGCGGCUUCGACAGGGCGUCCCGGAGCUCGGGGAAAGCAAAAAUACUGCGGUUUCUCUUCUCCCUUUCCCUGGAAGCCGUGCGAGAAGUGUCAGCUCCUGACUGGCUUCGGUGGGGGUCCCCGGUGGGGGACAGAUGUGCCCCCGGGCAGCCCCGCUGGGGAGGGUGACAGAGCGACUGCACUUCGGGGGAGGGAGGAGAGCCCGGGGGUUGGGGACAACUUCACCGUGUCCCCGUUAAUUGGCGCGGAGAAGUUAACGGGCAGGAUCUUAUCUCCCGCUGACACUCGGCGAGGGGUACACGCGGGCAGGGGCCGGGGCGCAGGGAUGCUGCUGACUUCUGAGGGCAGUGGGUUAAGAAGAAGGGGGAAACGGUGAGAAGGCGGGUGAGGAAGGGGCAGCUCAGGAUGCCCUCUCUGUUCGCCACGCCCGGGUGUCGAGCCGAGGUGAGGGCGCUCGAUACCAAGGGAUGCCCGCUCUGCCCGCUGCCGCUUCGUGUGGAAAUCCCCAGAGAAAGUGGGCUCGGCUUCCCGAGUCCGCGCUGUAGGAGCAGACCUUGCCUUCUCCUGCCGUCAAUCAGCAUUUCUGACUGGGAGAAGCUUGGGGCCACUCCAGCCGCACUAGCCCGCUGGAUAACGUCGGAAGGGAGCUGGGAUCGCAUCUUUUGCAGACGCUGGACGGUUUCAUAUUCGUGGUGGCUCCGGAUGGGAAGAUCAUGUACAUCUCGGAGACAGCCUCGGUGCACCUGGGUCUGUCUCAGGUAGAGCUGACCGGCAACAGCAUUUACGAGUACAUCCACCCCGCCGACCACGACGAGAUGACGGCGGUGCUUACGGCCCAUCAGCCCUACCACUCCCACUUCGUGCAGGAGUAUGAGAUCGAGAGGUCCUUUUUCCUGCGGAUGAAAUGCGUACUGGCCAAGAGGAACGCGGGGCUGACCUGCGGGGGCUACAAGGUCAUUCACUGCAGUGGCUACCUGAAGAUCCGCCAGUACAGCCUGGACAUGUCACCUUUCGAUGGCUGCUAUCAAAACGUCGGUUUGGUCGCCGUGGGCCACUCGCUGCCGCCCAGCGCCGUGACAGAGAUCAAACUGCACAGCAACAUGUUCAUGUUCCGGGCUAGCCUGGACAUGAAGCUCAUCUUCCUAGACUCCAGGGUGGCUGAGCUCACCGGCUACGAGCCCCAGGAUCUGAUCGAGAAGACCCUUUACCAUCACGUACACGGCUGUGACACCUUCCACCUGCGAUGUGCACAUCACUUGUUGCUGGUGAAGGGCCAGGUGACCACCAAGUACUACCGCUUUCUGGCCAAGCACGGCGGCUGGGUGUGGGUACAGAGCUACGCCACCAUCGUGCACAACAGCCGCUCUUCGCGCCCGCACUGCAUCGUCAGCGUCAACUACGUCCUUACGGAUACUGAAUAUAAAGGACUACAGCUCUCCCUGGAUCAGGUCACAGCUACCAAGCCGGCAUUCUCAUACGCAAAUUCAACUCUGACCAUAACGGAUAAUAGAAAGGGAAGCAAAUCUCGCCUCUCGAGCACAAAGUCAAAAUCAAGGACAUCACCGUACCCACAGUACUCUGGAUUUCACACCGAGAGAUCUGAAUCUGACCAUGAGAGCCAGUGGGGUGGGAGCCCCCUCACCGACACAGCCUCUCCCCAGCUGUUGGAGCCUGUGGACAGGCCGAGCUCUCAACAUCACGAUGUCUCCUGUGCCUACAGACAGUACUCGGACCGCAGUGCUCUCUGCUAUGGUUUUGCACUAGAUCACUCAAGGCUAGGCGAUGACAGACAUUUCCAUACUCAGGCCUGUGAGGGAGGCAGAUGUGAAGCUGGCAGAUACUUCCUUGGCACACCGCAGCCAGGAAGGGAAGGCUGGUGGGGCUCCCGAUCAGCCUUACCCCUGACUAAGUCGUCCCCUGAAAGCAGAGAAGCGUAUGAAAACAGUAUGCCCCACAUAACUUCAGUGCACAGGAUUCAUGGAAGAGGACACUGGGAUGAGGACAGUGUUGUUAGCUCACCUGAUCCUGGCUCUGCCAGUGAAUCUGGUGACCGAUACCGUGCUGAACAGUAUCAGAGCAGCCCACAUGAGCCCAGCAAAAUUGAAACUCUAAUAAGAGCCACCCAGCAAAUGAUCAAAGAGGAAGAAAACAGGCUACAGUUACGGAAAACAACCCCUGAUCCACUAAUCUCCAUUAACGGCACAGGGAAGAAGCAUACAAUUUGUUUUGCAAACUACCCGCAGCAACAGUUGGCAGGGGAUAUCUGCCGCGUCCCGACAGUUGCCAACACUCCUCCCUGCGAACACAUCCAGCAACGGGAUGGAAAGAUUAUGAGCCCUCAUGAAAAUGACUAUGACAACAGCCCCACAGCACUGUCUAGGAUAAGCAGUCCCAGUUCUGACCGAAUAUCAAAACCUAGCUUGGUUCUGGCUAAAGACUACCUGAAUACAGACAUGUCCCCUCAUCAAACUCCAGGUGAUCAUCCAGCAGCUUCUCCAAAUUAUUACAACUCCCACAGGCAGUACUUUGAUAAACAUGCUUACACAUUAACUGGGUAUGCCCUGGAGCAUCUAUAUGACACUGAAACCAUUAGAAACUAUUCACUAGGCUGCAAUGGAUCACACUUUGAUGUGACUUCUCACUUAAGGAUGCAGCAAGAUCCAGCUGCAGGACACAAAGGGACAUCUGUUAUAAUAACCAAUGGAAGCUGACACUUUUUUCUAAAAACUUUUGUGCUUUAAAAAGUAACCUUAGAGAUCUAAUUGGAAGAUAUAAUAUGUUUUCAUGCCCUUGUCAUUACCAGCAUUUGAUAUAUCACAGUGCACUAGAGAGACUAACCUAAGGUUUGGGAAGACGAGUUAGUUAACAGAUGUUACUUUUAAAACAUAAAAAUGCACUGGCAUGCAGGGUUAGAGGGAAUGGAGCUAAACUCAAAGUUGGUGCCAUUUGAGGUGUAAAAGAUGGAAGAGAUCUAGGUAGGGAGAACCUGGGCAGGCUAGCAGAGCCAUUUACAUGCACUGUACAAGAGGGGUUGUUUUGGAAUUGCUGCCCAGAGCAGACCUUCUGAACUGUGUCUGUUCCACACAUCCCAGAUAACAAAACUGCUAUGCACUAUCACAGAAAGUUGGAAUGUGAUCCUGUAAAAUACACAUCAAAAUGUGUAUUUCUGGCUAUCUUUUUAUUCCCUAAAGGCCAAGGGUGUUAUGCUGCUCCAUGGUAUAAAGCAUCCAUGGCCAACCAAUACAAAAUCAAAAAGGGGAGAAAGAACUCAGAUUUGUUAUUUUCUUGUGUACUCACAUGCAUAGUUAUUUACAUACACUUGAUUUGAAAGGAGUCAAAUGAGCAGUAUCCUCAUAAUUAGAAUAAUCAAAUACUAUGAGUGUAUUUAAAAGAAAGAAAGAGGGUCUUUCUCAGUGUAGUUUUGAGAAAUGUUUGUCUUGAUGGAGAGAUGGGAGAUUGCCCUCAUUUUUGAAAGGUUGCAAAAAGGGGGAAGUGGUGUGAAAUGGAAAAAAAUCCUUGGGAGAAACAGAGAGAAUAGACUGGAUGUAGGAGUGGUCAAAGAUACACACAUUUAACCCUAUGGCUAUGUAUGACAUUCAGUAAUAUUUACAGCAUAAGAAAAAGUGCUUAUAAAUUGCCAAAUAAUGAAGAAUCAAAUCAAAACACAAAAGAAUUCAAUAGAAUAAGAAAUUUUUCUGUAAAAUACAAAAGCAACUGCACCGCUACAAGAAUAUGGCAGGAAUAGAUAAAAACAUCAU